CGCUCUCCGCCCCCCAUGACGGCUCCCCGUCCUCGGGAGCACGGGCGCCGCUCGCCCCUGGCAACCUCCUCCCGCCGCGGGCCGGCGGCGCGGCCGGCGCCGGCCCCUUUAAAUGGCGGCCGCGGCCCCGCCGUGCGCCCCGCGCCGGCAGCUGGCGGGCGCCGCGCGGCCCUCGCCCCCCUCCAUGGUAAGCGCCGCGCUCCGCGCUCCCCGCCCGCCCCUCCGGCGGGCUCCGUGCCCCCGCCGCCGCCCCCGGGCCAGCGGCGAGCCGCCCAGGAAGUUCAUGAAGUGGAUCAUGGUCUUAUUAACCAGCUACUUGCUGAUUCAGAGGAGACUCCUAAUUCAUGCACAGAGAAAAUGCAGGGUCCUGCUCAGUAUGGCUGGAGUGCUGACUGGAGCUUUUGGCUCUCAAGUUCCACUUACAAAUAUAGGAGUGAGGAAUUCAAGAGACAGUUUUCUCAUCUGCCAGACUCUGAGAGACUCAUAGUAGAUUACGCCUGUGCACUCCAGAAGGAUAUCCUGCUGCAGGGACGCUUGUAUCUCUCUGAAAACUGGCUCUGCUUCCACAGCAACAUUUUCCGAUGGGAGACCACAAUUUCUAUUGCUUUGAAGGAUAUAACUUUCAUGACAAAGGAGAAGACUGCUCGUCUCAUUCCAAAUGCCAUACAAAUAGCAACAAAAGGAGAGAAGUUUUUCUUCACGUCAUUCAGUGCAAGAGACAGAAGCUACCUCAGUAUCUUCCGUUUGUGGCAGAAUGUGUUGCUGGAUAAGAGGCUGACCAAGCAGGAAUUCUGGCAGCUGGUGCACCAGAGCUAUGGCUCUGAGCUGGGCCUGAACAGUGAGGAGAUGGAGAGCUUCCACUCAUCGUCAGAGGACAACGGGCAGUCUCGAUCCAGCAUUUGUGAUGAUUCUGGAGAAAGGGAAGAAAAACUACCCAAAAUGAUUAGUUUAGUUCAUGAGCCCACUCUUCAAACAGAAGGAGAGUCACUCAACAGACACAUGUUGCCAGGAGUGGAAGAGUCCUCAAGUGAGAAGCGAAUAAAGAAUCCUCUUACAUCUUCAGAAAGAAAACCUGCUAAGCUAGUUAGGAGUAGGUCUUUAGAAAAGUCCUUGGACCUUAAUGAGAAUGAAAAUCUUCCAGAGAAGAGCAGUGCAUCAGAUAGUGAAGAAGCAGUGAAGGAGACUGUCUCUGACAAUGAUCUCUAUGGGAGACUUUUUAUAAACAGAGUUUUCCACAUCACUGCAGACAAGAUGUUUGAAAUCCUUUUCACCAAUUCUCACUUCAUGCAGAGGUUUCUUAAUUCCAGGAGUAUAGUAGAUGCUGUAUCAACCCCUUGGAAUAGAGACUCCAAUGGCAAUCAGUUGAGGACUUUGACGUACACUGUAACGAUUAACAAUCCGCUCUGUGGGAAGUUCACAACUGCAACGGAGAAGCAGAUCCUGCAUAAGCAGAGCCAGAAAGGUCAGUCUUACCAGGUAGAUGCUGAGGUCCUGACCCACGAUGUCCCCUACCAUGAUUAUUUCUACACUGUGAACAGAUACUGCAUCAGCCGCACGUCCAGUCACAAGUGCCGGUUACGGGUUUCUGCAGAAGUGAAGUACAAAAAACAGCCUUGGGGCCUUGUCAAGUCUGUAAUUGAGAAGAAUACCUGGGGAGGAAUACAGGAAAACUUCAAACAACUUGAAUCAGAUCUCCUAAUGGAGGAAUAUGCAAUUAAUCAAUCCAUAGAAGACUCUGGGAAAUUACUUGCUCUGAGACGAAGGCGACGCACUUUACACCGGGGUUUGGCAGAAUCGCUUCCCAAACGCUCUUCCCAGCAUUCCUCUGGUGACAUGGGAGUAGAGUCCCAGGGCAGCUUAAUAGGAAGGAAAAGAGAUGCAGUAAGUAGGACCACCACCAUCAUUGUAGUAAUGAGUGUCUUUUUGCUGCUCUUGGUCUUGCUGAAUAUAACACUGUUCCUCAAACUCUCAAAGAUAGAGCAUGCAGCUCAGUCCCUUUAUCAUGUCCAGCUUCAGGAGGAAAGCUCUUUGAACAUAUCCCCAGAAAUUGUAUCAAAAGAGGAGAUACCUCAAUAUGAUAAGGAACAGGUUAAACAUGUGAAGGGAGUUUUAAGAGACUCAAUUGAAAUGCUUGAGCAGCUGAAGAUUUCCCUUUCCAUGCUCCAGAGAAGCUUUGACCACUUGAACAGGACACAGAGCAGCAAGACUGAGAGUUAAUAGUCACAUCAGCUUUUCAUUCAAGAUGUUGGAAGAACAGAUGUGUGUGUGAGGACUUGUGGGAUAGGGAGUGUAACUGUCUCCUCUGGACUCUUUACUGUUGCACAGAAUAAAGGUUUGUGGAAGAAA